UACACCACCUUUUCAAAAUCAUCUCAUCUUUCAAACCAAAAAAGCUUUGAAACACACCAAAACCAGCAACAAUGGCUCCAAUUGUCUCAAAACUUGGCAUCAUUGGUGCCGGUGUGAGUGGCUUAGCAGCAGCCAAGCAGCUAGCCCAUCACAACCCUAUUGUUCUUGAAGCCUCUGAUUCCAUUGGAGGCGUCUGGAGGCAUUGUUCUUACAGUUCCACAAAGCUUCAAUCUCAUAGACGUGACUAUGAGUUCUCUGACUUCCCUUGGCCUGACAGGGACAACGCAGACUUUCCUUCCCAUCUUGAGAUAUUGGACUACUUGGACUCUUAUGCUCAGCACUUUGAUGUCCUUAAGUUCGUGAGGUUCAAUUCCAAGGUGGUCGAGGUUCGGUUUGUUGGUGACCGGGAAACCGUUGAUUUUUCUGUAAAACCUGUGGAGUAUGGGGGCCUCUCGCCAGGCCGCGGUCAGCCUGUUUGGGAGGUUUCUGUGCAGACCAAUGAUUCAGAGGCCAUUCAGUGGUACGCCUUCGAGUUCAUUGUGGUUUGCAUUGGGAAGUAUGGUGAUAUACCCAAACUUCCACAGUUUCCACAGAACAAAGGCCCUGAAGUAUUUGAAGGCCAGACUCUGCAUGCUCUUGAUUACUGCAAAUUGGACAAGGACGCUGCUUCUGAUUUGCUAAAGGACAAGAAGGUGGUCGUAGUUGGCUACAAAAAAUCAGCUAUUGAUUUAGCCAUCGAGUGUGCAGAGGCAAAUCAAGGACCAGAAGGGAAGCCAUGCACCAUGGUUGUAAGGACUUUACAUUGGACUGUUCCCCACUAUUGGGUUUGGGGUUUGCCCUUUUUCUUGUUCUAUUCAACACGAUCUUCACAGUUUCUCCAUCAAAGACCUAACCAAAGCUUCCUCAGGGCCCUCCUUUGCUCCCUAGUUAUGUCUCCAAUGAGGCAUGCAGUGUCCAAGUUUAUUGAAUCAUACAUACUGUGGAAGCUGCCUUUGGAGAAGUAUGGACUGAAACCAGACCAUCCAUUUGAGGAAGACUAUGCAUCCUGCCAGAUGGCCAUCAUGCCUGAGAAUUUCUUCUCUGAGGCUGAUAAAGGCAAGAUUCUGUUCAAAAGAUCAGAAUCAAAAUGGUGGUUUUGUAAAGAUGGAAUAGAAUUUGAUGACAACACUAAGAUCAAGGCUGAUGUUGUGGUUUUUGCAACUGGUUAUGAUGGUAAGAAAAAAGUUAAGUCCAUCUUACCAGAGCCUUUUCGCAGCUUGCUAGAAUACCCUUCUGGUCUCAUACCCUUAUACAGGGGCACAAUCCAUCCUUUGAUCCCAAACAUGGCUUUCGUGGGUUAUCUCGAGAGUGUUUCGAACCUUCACUCUUCAGAACUGCGCAGCAUAUGGCUGGCUAGGCUGCUGGAUAACAAAUUUAAGCUCCCAAGUGUGGAGCAAAUGCUUGAGCAAACAAGGAAAGAAUUGGAAGUCUCGAAGAAAACAACCAGGUUCUACAAGAGGCAUUGCAUUUCUACUUUUAGCAUCAACCACAGUGAUGAAAUUUGUGAGGAGAUGGGGUGGACAUCUUGGAGGAAGAAUACUUGGUUGGCAGAAGCAUUUAGCCCCUAUGGCAGUCAAGACUAUCUGAAGAAACAAUGAACCUAUAAUUUGCAAUAACAUCCUAAAUGUAUAAUUGAUAGCUCCUUUACACCAGAACUCAAAAUAAAGAACACCUACUUGCAGGAAAAAUGAUCAAUGUAUCAUGUAUUAGCAAAUCAUAAUCUAUAUUAUCUGAAUAAAGAAAUUUUCCAUUGUUUACUUUUGAAAUUCCCAAAAGUAUGAUGUGAAUGUGGUGAUAUUGCAGAAGGGCAAAAAGGCAGGGGAUAAGAGAACAUUAACCAUCUCAACUGGCUUUGAAAUAUACAAAAAUAACCACUUGCUAACCAUAUCCGGUGGAGAUAAUGGACACAGGGAUGAAAAAAAAAGGAGAGCCUUAAAGGCUUUGAAGGAGUUUGAGAGUUUCAUCAGUAUAUGCUUCUGAGGUUGUAACUGGUUGUUGCAUCUGUCUGCCAGGCAAUGUCCCAAACAGAUCUGAUGGCACUCCCCAUUUCCUCACCUUAUUACCCUGCUCGCUUAGUAAUGUGGACGGAAGUUUGUAUUUCUUUGCAAAAGCCCACAUAAAUUUAAAACUACAUAAUCAACUUCAAGCACGAUUUGCAAUCAACUCACCCAAGGCUGAAUGUGAUGAUGUCCUCCAACAAACCAAGCAAAUUUACCAAUGUACUUCAAGCUUUUCCAUACUA